AUGGGAAAAAGAGGCGCAAAUGGAAAUUCUGGAGGACAGAAGAAGAAGUUCAAACUAGCGACUGGUAUAAUUGAACCAGGUCAAUAUGGCGUUUUGGCCACAUGUCAGAGAGGGAAAGAAUUGGGAUGUGCCAAGGAGCUGAGAAUACUUUUCGGAGAUAAUAUCGAGAAAUAUUUCGAUAUGUCGGAGAACAAGGAAGACGUCGAAGACAAGGAGGAAGCCUCUGAGGAACUCUCGGUGGAAGACGCUAUCAAGAAAGAGCUGAGCGAUAUUUCCACUCCAAAAACUGACAACAAGUCCAAAGAAAUUGUCAAGAGUAUAGAUCUUGGUUGUGACUGUCUGGUAUUUAUUAAAACAAGACGUCCCAUAAUACCCUCAGUGCUGGUGCAAAGACUAUGCAGAGACUCUUUGGACUCCAAGACCAAGAGCACCAGAUUCACAUUGCGUCUCACUCCAAUCGAUGAUUCGUGCACUCCUACAGAAGAAGAGCUACAGAAAAUGGCUCUUUCGCUGAUAGCACCCGUUUUUCACGGAGCCGAGGGAGAACAGAAACCGUACAAGUUUGCUGUGAGCGUGACCAAGCGGAACUUCAAUUCUUUGGACCAACCCACCAUCACCAGAAUCGUUGCUAAGAUCGUUGGAAACGAUAGAGGCCAUUCGGUUGAUCUCAAGAAUCCAGACAAACUCAUUCUGGUUUCUGGCUACAAGAGCAACAUUGGUAUGGCCAUUGUUGAUGGAAAGGAGUACGAGGAGUUGUGCAGAUUCAACCUUCAACAGAUCUUUGAAAAGUCCCAAGAAUAA